GAAGCUUGCUGCAAGCAUUACAGGAUAAACCUUCUCUGCUGAAAGACUUAUUGUUGACAGAAGAUUAUUUCAACAUAAUAGACUUUCAUCAUUAUUGCUACAGACUUCAUUAUCCAAAAGAGUAUGAUGGCGUAUUUGCUUUAUUUCUUCUUAAUUAGCUGUGGCAUUUCACUCUUUUCUUGUGUACAUGGCUGGACCUACCACCACUCAUCCUAUACCAUGACAUAUAAUGAUGCUCAAGAUUAUUGUAGAAAAGACUACACUGAUAUGGUAGCAAUUCAGAACCGAAAAGAAAAUGACUAUCUCAAUGACAUACUGAAUUUUACUCAAACAUAUUACUGGAUUGGCAUUCGAAAAAACAAUAUCACUGGCCAGUGGUUCUGGGUUGGCACUAAGAAGGUGCUAACAGAUGAAGCUAAAAACUGGGCCACCAAUGAGCCCAACAACAAAAGCCAGAAGAAAAAUGAGGACUGUGUUGAAAUGUAUGUCAAAAGGAAAACUGAUGCAGGAAAAUGGAAUGAUGAACCCUGCAAUAAGAAAAAAGUUGCUUUGUGUUACAAAGCUUCUUGCCACGCUUCUUCUUGCAAUAAUCAUGGGGAAUGCGUAGAAACCAUUAAUGAUUAUACUUGCAACUGUUCUGAGGGAUUUUAUGGAGCAAACUGCGAGCAUGUUGUCACUUGUCCAGCAGUGAAUGACAUUGACAAUGGAUCAGUUGUGUGUACUCAUGUUAAUGGAGACUUUACCUAUCAGUCAAGCUGUCAUUUUGCCUGUUUGGAUGGACAUGUGUUGGUUGGCUCAGAAAGUGCACAGUGUACUGGAAAAGGAGAUUGGGGAUUCCAGAUCCCACAUUGUAAAGCUAUUCGGUGUGAGCAUCCAUCAGAACUAGAAAAUGGCGUAAUUGACUGUUCUAAUACUGGGGAAAUGCUACCAGAUAAGUCCACAUGCAGUUUCAGCUGUAAUGAAGGCUUCACCUUGGCUGGGUCUCCUUCAGUAAUUUGUGUGACUCCUGGCCAGUGGACAGAAGAAUUCCCAAAAUGUGAUGCUAUUCAGUGUGAGCAUCCCGAGAAACCAAACAAUGGAGCAAUGAACUGUUCUAGCAAUGGGGAAAUGCUGACACAUAAAUCCACAUGCAAUUUCAGCUGUGAUGAAGGUUAUGCCAUGGUGGGAUCUCCUUCAACACUUUGUAGUACUUCUGGUCACUGGACAGAAAAAUCUCCAAUAUGUAAAGCUAUUAAAUGCAAGCGCCCAGAGGAACCACUGAAUGGAACUAUGAGCUGCGCAAGUUCUGGGGAUAUGCUAGUACAUAGAUCCAUCUGUAAUUUCAACUGUGCAGAAGGAUUCAGACUGAUUGGGUCGUCUUCAAUUCUCUGUGCUGCUCCUGGUCAGUGGACAGGAGAAAUCCCAAAAUGUGAAGCUGUGCAGUGCGCUUCCUUGGUUACUCCUGAGAAUGGUGUGAUGGAAUGCCAGGAUGGGUCACGCUACAACGCCACAUGUGCAUUUUCCUGUGGAGAAGGCUUUGAGAUGGUCGGCUCAUGCAAACUCCAAUGUUUGCUUUCUGGAGAGUGGACAUCUUCAGUGCCCAUAUGUCAAGCUAUUCAGUGUGCUGCUGUGAUUGCUCCUGAGAACGGUCAGAUGGAAUGUCAAGAUGCAUCCAACUACAACUCACAGUGUUCAUUUAGCUGCUUGGAAGGCUUCAGAUUGAUUGGCUCAUCAGUGGUCACAUGUUUAUCUUCUGGAAAAUGGAAUGCAGCGGUUCCCAAAUGUGAAGCUGUGCAGUGCGCUUCCUUGGUUACUCCUGAGAAUGGUGUGAUGGAUUGCCAGGAUGGAUCACGCUACAAUGCCAUGUGUACAUUUUCAUGUGGAGAAGGCUUUGAGAUGGUCGGCUCAUCCAAACUCCAAUGUUUGCUUUCUGGAGAGUGGACCUCUUCAGUGCCCAAAUGUCAAGCUAUUCAGUGUGCUGCUGUGAUUGCUCCUGAGAACGGUCAGAUGGAAUGUCAAGAUGCAUCCAACUACAACUCACAGUGUUCAUUUAGCUGCUCGGAAGGUUACAGGUUGAUUGGCUCAUCAGUGGUCACAUGCUUAUCUUCUGGAAAAUGGAAUGUGGCUGUUCCCAAAUGUGAAGUAAUGAAAUGUGAUGUCCUCGUUGCUCCAUUCAUGGGGAAAAUAAAUUGCACUCACCCAGUAGGAGAAUUUGAAUAUAGGUCUGUGUGCACAAUUGACUGCGAAUAUGGUCUGUUACUAAAUGGAACAAAUACUAUUAAAUGUAAUAGUAAUGGAAAUUGGACUGCAGCACUACCAUUUUGCCAAGUUGUGAAAAUGACACAUGAGUCAGCAACCUACGUAACAGUUGGAGUUGUUACGACUGGGGCUUCUGUCUUGUCUGCUGUGUCUCUUCUCAUCUGGCUUGUAAAGCGUUUACGUAAAACAGCAAAUAAAUUUACUCCCUCAAGCAGUUAUCAACAUCUUGAAGCUACGGGUGUCUAUCAAAAUACAGAAGAUAGCAGUGGCAGUGUGUAAAAUAUGGAUUCCAAGAUUCAACAACUAUGAAAAUAUCGUGCAGAAGGAACACCAUCAGUUUAUUUGUGAUGCAAAUAUAGACAACCAGGAUAAAUGGUACUAUGACAUUUUCCAGCUAUAGUAUCUGCACCUUACUCAUGUUCAGCACCAUGAAAGUAAAACAGAAAACGCUGUCUGCAACAGGAGAAGCCUGCUUUAUUGACUCUCAGAGAAUAUUGCUAUAUGUCUUCUUACAAUGGAGUAGCUGCACGUGAACUUAAUGGACUGUACAACGUAAUGUUUGUAGAGUUAUCUAUAGAACAAAAUGUUGCAUAUGAUGUGCUAGAUUUUUAUGAAACAUUAGCUAUUUUACUACAGACAAAUGCUCUACAUGUUCUCACUUAUUCAGUUACUGUAAGUCACUAAUAGGAAAAUAAGUUACUGUAGACCAUUAAAGUCGGGACAUUUUGUACAGAGGAGAAUUUGCUCAUGUUGGAUGGUCAGAAAUGUAUAUGUACUAUAUAUACAGUAUACAAACAGGUACCUGUUUAUAACAGUCUUAGUUUAUGUCAUCCCUGUGGGAUAAAAUAUACACAGUUUGUGUUAUUUAUAGUAAUUUUUGUAUUUAUUAGACAUUAAUGAAAAAAAUCAAUGAAGUUUACCAACACAUUUGUAGCACUAUUUAGCAAGAAUAUGAAAUAUAUUUGUAUCAAUAUGUAAAAACUAAUCCAGUAUCAAGUAAAGCUGGGUACACACCAGGCGAUAUGUUGUCUGAUUUGGCGGAUUGGACUGACAUAUCGAGCACAUCGUCUAGUGUGUACCCACUACUGUAUGCUUCUGCGGGUCAUCCUGUUGGGCGUGCAGCACUCCCGAUGGGGCGAGCAGACAAAUGACGGCGCGCAUUGGUAUUCAGUUGCACGAUAUAUUGCUCAGUGUGUAUGGGAUGGCCGAUCUAUUGUUAUAUCAGCUGCCCCGUCGUCUGGGUACGCACAUCGUUAAGUGUGUACCCAGCUUAACAGUGGCCAGUCAGACCUGUUAAUGGACUAUGGCACAUUGAGCUCAUUGCAGAAAAAUGCAGACAGCCCAUACUGUAUGUUUAAAUAAGUUUUGUAAAUUGCACUUAAUUGAACAUAAUUGAAUAUUUUGAUAGUAAAAAAUGUUUUAUAUCUAUUUAUUAUUUUUUAUUAAAUGUAAUACUUCAUGUAGAAA